CGCUGGAUUCGCGCUUCAUUUUAUUGGAACCCCUUGGGCUGCCCUCGCUCGACUGAUUGCCUGCAUUUAAUCAAAUUAAUUAAUGGCACAUUUCACAUUCAUCAUUUGCCCGGUUGCAUAUUUUCCCAUUCUUCGAUGCAGCAAAAAGCCAGUGCUCCGCUUCGGGCUUCUCUGGCUGGAGCCACGCCCACAUUUUCCCGCCCUUUCGCUCGCGAUUGAGAUUGAAAUUGCACGGCAGUCGCCGCUUUUCAUACCACACACAGCUUUUUGUUGCGAAUUUUUUGUACACGGUGGCAUUCUUUUUUUGGCACAAAUCAACGAACUGCGAAAUUCAAUUGAAAAUCGUUGAAUGCAAGUUAAUCAGUUCGCUUGGCUACGCUAAUUAUGUGGCCACUAUAUGUGAGCAGAGGUGGGCGUACUGAUAUAUUUACAAAUAUUCUCGGCAGGGAGGAGGGGCGUGUGUACGGAUAUCUGGGAUAUCUCGGAUAUCUGGGUAACGUAACCAAAUUAUUCGGUUGUCGACUGGUCUGCAAUUUAAAUUGGACUGAAUUGAUGGCUUUGGUUGUCCCUGCAAAUUGAUAAACAAACAAUAAAUUGAACAUCGAAUCGGUUGUAAAAGCAUUGGUGAAGUAUACUCCAAGCGAAUCGCAUACAUUGAUAUAUUGGGCAUGUAGUCAGAAAUGUACCUUUGGAAAUAUGUGUGUAUAUCUACUAGGAUGGAUUACCAUCUAAAUCUGAGUGUUGCGAUUUAUCGACACAUUGGAAUUCGGCACAAUACCUAAACAUUGGGCAGGUCUGCUAGGUUCAUUUGUUAUUCUGCUUAAAUUAUUAGAAACCCUUUAUUGGCCAUUAAUUUGUUUCCAAUCAUUGGCGCCAUGAAUCAUGAAUUGGUUUGGGUAUAUUCAUAUAAAUCUUAGUAUACCGGGCUUAAUUCAAACAGCAAACAUUUCUGUACAAACACAAACCCUGUAAAGUUAAUGUAUAUAUUUAAGAAAUAAAGUAGUACAGCAAACAUGGAGAAGAGCACACUGAAGAUCAAUAAUGAGGACCGGCAGAAUUUUGUGGCCACACGGAUGAGUCUGCCGCUCUUUAUGGUGUCCCGCAAUCGUAUUAGAAGGGAAAAUUUACCGCGAGUGGAGAAGCAAUUUAAGUUGGCCGGCCAGCAUUACAAUGAGUUCUGCCAGAAGGAAAACAGACGAGAGGCCUUCAGCAAAUCCACCUUUGAUCACUACCGCCACAUUACGGGUUUCGACAAGACGCCAAAGAAUCCGUAUCCGGAACGUCGACGGCUCCACAUCGAUCGGACUAUGACCAAAUGGAGGGGCUGGCAACUGCCACCAAAUCAUUACGGGGUGCCCCCGGAACCAUACCUCCGACUGAAGGGCACCAAGGGCUCUGUAUUCGCCAAGCCGCACACGAAUCAUAGUCGCGUCUCCAUUAAACCACCGCCAUAUCACUUUUACGAACUUCCGGCGGAAAUCGAGAGGCUCUUCAAGCGCCCGAACUUGCAGAAGGGCAUCUUCCUUUCAAAUGCCCGCGAUCGUCGACCGACCACGCACGCGAUGAUAUCCAAUCUCUCUGGCUGCUGGCGUAAUCCCAAGGAUGCCGGUCCCUGCGACACCCAUACAAACAUCUUUGAGCUGGCCGCAAAUGCUGUACCCAUCACAAAGGCGCCACGCCCUAAUCCGCACCUGUUUCUGCGCCACUCUUGUGUGCCCACCAAGCCCAAUCGCCUGAUCCGACGCCACAUCAGCAUGGAGCCGGCUCCAGGUCGCUACUGCACCAGUUAUCCGAACGUGUGUCCCUGUCCGGCUGGUAAGACCAGUGUGCCGGGACUACAGCUGAUGAUUGAUGACCAGAAGCGCCUGAAGUUUCGCCGCCAGCCAUUUGAAAGGAUCAGUCGAAAGCGACUCUGUGAGCCGGAUUGGCGCCACGUCGAGGGCCAAGGCCACCGUCAUGUCUUCCUAAUGGGACGCAAAGAUAGGCCAAAGCCCACCAAGAAACCUACUUCUUCCAAAAAGCAGGGAAAGCCGAUAAACAUGUAUGCCGAUUCCAAGUACAUUAACAUGCUGAGCCAGCCGCAGCGACAUCCCAUUUCUAUUCGGCAAUAUCCGGUUCCGCCGUACGUGCCCAAGAUCACCUACAACUGUGCGGCCAAGCGGGUGAUCCGCAAGCAAUUGAAGAACAACAAGAAGAUCGCCUUCAAUAGUGGCCAGGAGCGGUGGAAGGAUGGCGAACGACCGAUGCAGCUGACCGCCCGCCAACUGGAGGCCAUCAAGCAGAAGCUUCCGCCGGAGAGGCGACUGAUGGACUACCCCAUUGAGCUGCCCGAGGUGAUUCCCAGUCGGCUGACCCAGGUGCCCGAUCACCAGAGGGUCACCUACAUGCCCAAGUUGCGCAAGCGCCUGUUCAAGUUCCUGCCGAUUCCCGGUGCUCGGGUCCUGGUCACCGAUAGCGAUAUACGUCCGGACAUUGUUUUCGAUCCGGAGCACCCGACCGGACUGUACCGGCGCAAGAUCGAUGAGACCGCGUUCUACAAGGACUCCGUGUUGCGGUCGAUGGAGAAUAGGGAGGAAUCAGAUGCUACCGGCUUGAACGAUUCGCAAUCGCAGUCCCAAUUGGAUUCGCCACAUCAGUCCAUGAUCCGAAACACUGAGGGCGCUGCGGAUCAGUCGGCACCCAAGAGCGCUUCCCAGAUAUCGUUCCAUGAAUAAAGUGGCUUCUCUGCUCCACGUUUGUUCCAGUUUUAAAUCCAUUUCGUUUUUGAUUUAUGAUCCACGCUCCAGUGAAUUCACGUGGCCACAUGAAGCUAAGGAAAGAACCAAGUGAUGGCCGAAGAAAAUAAGCUAAAAAGCCCUAAAUAAAGAUGGGAAAAUUAUUCACUUGGAAAA